AUGGCGUCCAACCCCGAACGGGGGGAAAUUCUGCUCACCGAGCUGCAGGGCGAUUCCCGAAGUCUUCCUUUUUCUGAGAAUGUGAGUGCUGUUCAAAAAUUAGACUUUUCAGAUACAAUGGUGCAACAGAAAUUGGAUGAUAUCAAGGAUCGAAUUAAGAGAGAAAUAAGGAAAGAACUGAAAAUCAAAGAAGGAGCUGAAAAUCUGAGAAAAGUCACAACAGAUAAAAAAAGUUUGGCUUAUGUGGACAACAUUUUGAAAAAAUCAAAUAAAAAAUUAGAAGAAUUACAUCACAAGCUACAGGAACUAAAUGCACAUAUUGUUGUAUCAGAUCCAGAAGAUGUUACAGAUUGCCCACGGACUCCAGAUACUCCCAGUAGUGACUCUCGUUGUUCCACCAGCAAUAAUAGGUUGAUGGCCUUACAAAAACAAUUGGAUAUAGAACUUAAAGUAAAACAAGGUGCAGAGAACAUGAUACAGAUGUAUUCAAAUGGAUCCUCAAAGGAUCGGAAACUCCAUGGCACAGCUCAGCAACUGCUCCAAGACAGCAAGACAAAAAUAGAAGUGAUACGAAUGCAGAUUCUUCAAGCAGUCCAGACCAAUGAAUUGGCUUUUGAUAAUGCCAAACCUGUCAUAAGUCCUCUUGAACUUCGAAUGGAAGAAUUAAGGCAUCAUUUUAGGAUAGAGUUUGCAGUAGCAGAAGGUGCAAAGAAUGUAAUGAAAUUACUUGGCUCAGGAAAAGUGACAGACAGAAAAGCACUUUCAGAGGCUCAAGCAAGAUUUAAUGAAUCAAGUCAGAAGUUGGACCUUUUGAAGUAUUCAUUAGAGCAGAGAUUAAAUGAACUUCCCAAGAAUCAUCCCAAAAGCAGUAUUAUUAUUGAGGAGCUUUCACUUGUUGCAUCACCAACACUAAGUCCACGUCAAAGUAUGAUAUCUACCCAAAACCAAUAUAGUACCCUGUCCAAACCAGCAGCACUAACAGGUACUCUGGAAGUUCGUCUUAUGGGCUGUCAAGACAUCCUAGAGAAUGUCCCUGGACGGUCGAAAGCAGCAUCAGUUGCGCUACCUGGUUGGAGUCCAAGUGAGACCAGAUCAUCCUUCAUGAGCAGAACGAGUAAAAGUAAAAGCGGAAGUAGUCGAAAUCUCCUAAAAACUGAUGACUUAUCCAAUGAUGUCUGUGCAGUUUUGAAGCUGGACAAUACUGUGGUUGGUCAAACUAGCUGGAAACCCAUUUCCAAUCAGUCGUGGGACCAGAAGUUUACACUGGAACUAGACAGGUCACGUGAACUGGAAAUUUCAGUUUAUUGGCGUGAUUGGCGAUCUCUGUGUGCUGUAAAAUUUCUGAGGUUAGAAGAUUUUUUAGACAACCAACGGCAUGGCAUGUGUCUCUAUUUGGAACCACAGGGUACUUUAUUUGCAGAGGUUACCUUUUUUAAUCCAGUUAUUGAAAGAAGACCAAAACUCCAAAGACAAAAGAAAAUUUUUUCCAAACAGCAAGGCAAAACCUUUCUCAGAGCUCCUCAAAUGAAUAUUAAUAUCGCCACUUGGGGAAGACUUGUGAGAAGAGCUAUUCCUACAGUAAAUCAUUCUGGCACCUUUAGCCCUCAAGCCCCUGUUCCUGCUACAGUGCCAGUGGUUGAUGUACGCAUCCCUGAAUUAGCACCUCCAGCUAGUGAUUCCACAGUAACCAAGUUGGACUUUGAUCUUGAACCUGAGCCUCCUCCAGCCCCACCACGUGAUUCUUCCCUUGGAGAAAUAGAUGAAUCUGUAAGAGAUUUGGAUACACCAGGACAGGAUUCAGAAACUGUUUUUGAUACUGAGAAUGACAGAAAUAGAAUACUUCCAAAAUCUCAAUCUGAAUAUGAGCCUGAUAUCCCUCAGUCAGGCCUAGAGUAUAGUGGUAUCCAUGAACUUGAGGACAGAAGAUCUCAACAAAUGUUUCAAUUCAAUCUACAAGACUUCAGGUGUUGUGCUGUCUUGGGUAGAGGACAUUUUGGAAAGGUGCUUUUGGCUGAAUAUAAACACACAAAUGAAAUGUUUGCUAUAAAAGCCUUAAAGAAAGGAGACAUUGUGGCACGAGAUGAAGUAGACAGCCUGAUGUGUGAAAAAAGAAUUUUUGAAACUGUGAAUAGUGUAAGGCAUCCCUUUUUGGUGAACCUUUUUGCAUGUUUCCAAACCAAAGAGCAUGUUUGCUUUGUAAUGGAAUAUGCUGCCGGUGGGGACCUAAUGAUGCACAUUCACACUGAUGUCUUUUCUGAACCAAGAGCUGUAUUUUAUGCUGCCUGUGUAGUUCUUGGGUUGCAGUAUUUACAUGAACACAAAAUCGUUUAUAGAGAUUUGAAAUUGGAUAACUUAUUGCUAGAUACAGAGGGCUUUGUGAAAAUUGCUGAUUUUGGUCUUUGCAAAGAAGGAAUGGGAUAUGGAGACAGAACAAGCACAUUUUGUGGCACUCCUGAAUUUCUUGCCCCAGAAGUGUUAACAGAAACAUCCUAUACAAGGGCUGUAGAUUGGUGGGGCCUUGGUGUCCUUAUAUAUGAAAUGCUCGUUGGUGAGUCUCCCUUUCCUGGUGAUGAUGAAGAGGAAGUAUUUGACAGUAUUGUAAAUGAUGAAGUAAGGUAUCCAAGGUUCUUAUCUACAGAAGCCAUUUCAAUAAUGAGAAGGUUAUUAAGAAGAAAUCCUGAGCGACGCCUUGGAGCUGGUGAAAAAGAUGCAGAGGAUGUGAAAAAACACCCGUUUUUCCGACUAAUUGAUUGGAGCGCUCUGAUGGACAAAAAAGUUAAGCCGCCAUUUGUACCUACAAUUAGAGGACGGGAAGAUGUUAGUAAUUUUGAUGAUGAAUUUACCUCAGAAGCACCUAUUCUGACUCCACCUCGAGAACCAAGGAUACUUUCAGAAGAGGAGCAAGAAAUGUUCAGAGAUUUUGACUACAUUGCUGAUUGGUGUUAA